AAGCACUGUCGUUGAGGGAGAGAGCUAACUUAAGUAGCGUAUCCAAAGAGGUUCACAGAAGACGGCAUAACAGUCCCCAAUCCCCCCCACCCUCUCGCUCUCUCUCGCAACCAGGGAACCAACUCAUUUAUAAAUAUGGGUGAGACCGGGAAGCGAUCUCGUCCCCAUAGGGACCGUGAUGGGGACAACAAGAAUCAGAAGAGACGGGUGAACGACAAAGAUGACAAAGGCAAUGAUGAACUGGUUGUUUAUAGAAUACUAUGCCCUGAUGGGGUUAUUGGAAGUGUCAUUGGUAAGAGUGGGAAAGUGAUAAAUUCUAUAAGGCAAGAGACACGGGCAAAAGUAAAGGUUGUGGAUCCGUACCCAGGUGCUAAUGACCGUGUUAUAAUAAUCUACAGCUAUGUUAAGGAGAAGGAAGAGGUUGAGGUAGAUGAUGAGUUCAGUGAUAGGAAACCUUUAUGUGCUGCUCAGGAUGCUCUUCUUAAAGUUCAUGCUGCCAUUGCAAAUGCUGUGGCUAGUGUGGCAGAUUCUGACAAGAAGCGAAAGGAUAAGGAGGAAUGUCAGAUUCUUGUUCCAUCUAGCCAGUCUGCAAAUAUCAUUGGUAAGGCUGGAGCCACAAUAAAGAAACUGAGAAGCAAGACGAGGACAAACAUUAAGGUCACGGCCAAGGAUGCCACCGAUCCAACUCACUCAUGUGCGAUGGACUUUGACAAUAUUGUCAUGAUUAGUGGUGAGCCGGAGGCCGUGAAUAAAGCUCUGUUUGCCAUUUCUGCAAUUAUGUACAAGUUCACUCCUAGAGAAGAAAUUCCUCUGGACACGAGUGUACCGGAUGCUUCUCCAAGCAUUAUCAUCCCAUCAGAUAUCCCUAUUUAUCCACCAGGUGGACUAUAUCAAAGUGCAGAUCCUAUUGCCCCUCAUAGAUCUGUUCCUCCAAUCGUAGGUGCUACAAAUGUACAGGAUCUCCAGGGUUAUGCCGAUACAGGGAAUACAUGGCCUCUUUAUUCAUCUGCCCUUCCUGUGGUGUCUGGGUUCAGUGAUGCCUCACGAACUGAGGAGUUAGUUGUAAGAGUACUGUGUCCUUUUGACAAGAUUGGGCGUGUCAUUGGCAAAGGAGGGGGUACUAUUAAAAGUAUAAGACAGGCUAGUGGUGCUCAUGUUGAAGUUGAUGAUACCAAGGAUGAUCGUGAUGAGUGUAUCAUCACGAUUACUGCAACAGAGUCACCCGAUGAUCUGAAAUCCAUGGCAGUUGAAGCUGUUCUAUUGUUGCAAGGAAAGAUCAAUGAUGAAGAUGAUGACACUGUUACUAUCAGACUCCUUGUUCCAUCUAAGGUCAUUGGGUGUAUUAUUGGAAAAAGUGGGUCAAUUAUAAAUGAAAUCCGUAAGAGAACUAAAGCUGAUGUCCGUAUCUCAAAGGGUGAUAAGCCUAGGUGUGCUGAUGCAAAUGAUGAACUUGUUGAGGUUCUUGGAGAAGUUGGCAGUGUUAGAGAUGCACUUGUCCAGAUUGUUUUAAGGCUCCGUGAUGAUGUCCUCAAAGAUAGGGAUGGUGGUCGUAACCAUACUGCUGGUGCAGAUUCUCUAUUCUCUGCUGGUACUGGACUCUCGGUUCCAUCUGUCUUGUCUUCUGUUCCCCCUGUUGCUCCUUUUGGAUAUGAUCAGAGGGUUGAAAGUGGAAGUAGCUUGGGCAUGCUUUCUUCAAGCAGCCUCUAUGGAUAUGGAUCUUUGUCGAUGGGUGAAAAUGGCUAUGGAUCCAUGCCUUCAUAUUCAUCCAAGCUGUAUGGAGGGUUGCCUUCCCCUUCAACACUUGAGAUUUUGGUCCCUGCUAAUGCAGUGGGUAAAGUGAUGGGUAAAGGAGGGGCGAAUAUAGCCAACAUUCGGAAGAUAUCAGGUGCAAUGAUACAGAUAUCUGAAUCCAAAUCUUCCCGGGGUGAUCGUAUUGCCCAUGUAUCAGGAACACCUGAACAGAAGCGUGCAGCUGAAAACUUGAUUCAGGCAUUUAUAAUGGCCACCUGAGUUUUGAAGAUGCUUCUAGAUAGAAGGUGAAUAGAUAAAUCUUGGAAUUUUCUCCCUUGUGGUUCCCCUCCUUAGUUCGAUUAGAGGGCUUCUUUUCUAGGCUCUUCAACUGGAAUACUCCUGUUCUUCCAUAGCAAUGCCUACCGAGUCUGUGCGGGAAGAUUCACUAUCUUUAUGUUUCAAGAUAUAUAGGUUUCCGCUUUGUCGCUUCAUCUCUUCUUCUUCUGCAAUAUCUUAGAACUAGUAGGAUCUUUCUUUCCUUUCGUGUUGUUAUCUGGCCAUGUCUUUUUGACAAAUGUGGAGUCCAUCUUGUUUCCAAUGCUUUCAUACUCUAUAAAUUUGAGAUUCAUGUCAGAACCUAGUUUGGGGAUGAGCAUAAUUAUCAAACUUUUAAUUUUUAUGUUA